GAGAGCUGCCCCCAGGGCAUGGGGCUCAUAGUUCCCAAGGGGGGCGGCAACGCCGCCCCUUAGACAAAGUUCAGUCUCCCAGAAGUUCUCACCAGCCAGCCGCAGGGUUGCUGCUGCUGCUCCUGCUUCUGCUGCUGGGCAUGCUGAGGGCCCGGCAGAGCCAGAGGACGUCAGCAUCAGGGGCGACAAGGAGUCAGGGAAACCAGAGGGGCAGGAAAUGAGGAUGCUGGCAGAAUCCCUGACUCAGAUUGAGGGGAGCAAAAAUUGGUAACGGAAGACCUCCUCCUGGCUGAAGGACCACCGAGGGCAAGGUUCAGACAGAAAUCUGGGUCAAAGUUCCUCAUUGCUGAAGUGCCUUGUGAAACCCAGCUCAGAGGAACCCUCACUGGUCCAAUGGGCUGUGUCUUCCUCCCCGGCGCACCCAGAUUACUGCUGCGGAUCCUCAGCUAACAAGAGGAAGCUCUGGUUCUCCAUCCCUACACAUCCCUCACCGAUGGCUGACGGCCAAGCGAGAGGCCAAGUUUAGACCCAAGCUCCAAGCUCCGGCCCACACACUCAGAGAGCCUAGUGCUACGGGCGGGGUGUCUCCUUGUCCUGCCGCCGGCAGCUGCACCAGCACCGGGCUGGAGCCAAGCUUGCACACAGAAGGCCCUGAUUUCUCAGCCAGCUCUGGCCUCAGAGACACUGGCCCUGACUCUGCCAGGUCUCUCCUCUCUGGUCUUGAGGCACGCCCCCGCCCCCACCCCUGCCCCGCAUCCCUUCUGAACUCAAGGCAAUGGAGCCUCAAAAUAAGGACCAGGUGCUGCUCCAGAACACAGCGGCCCCUGGGCGCCCCCCUCUGGGCCCCUCGCAACUUGGGGACUCCCCACCCAGCCACCCAGAGCCUCUGCCUCCCCAGCGAAGGCCCCCUCUCUCCUACUCCCCUUGCUCCCCGGGGACCCCACGGUCCCACUCUCCUGGCUCCCGUUUCUACUCUUCUGACUCAAAUUCUGACUUUAUCCUACACCCUCACUCUUCCUCUCUCCCAAGUUCCCUCAGCUUCCUUCAUCAGAAUUACACCUCUCUCUCCCUCCCACCCUCUUCCUCUCCCUCCCAGGGGUGGUACCCCUCCCCGGCUCACACCCAUUCCUCCUCUCCCUCUCAGCCCCAGAACACCUCUCUCCCCCACACUCAUUGUCAGUCUCCCUCCCCCCCAGGAGACUGCCCUAGCUCCACUGUCACUUCCCCAGCCCCCAGCCUACCUUCUGGUGGUGUCCACUCAAAGAGGCAGGCGUGGCCCCGGGAUCAGUACGGGGACACCAGGUCCUCCGGGCUGGUGGGGGAAUGCGUGGCAAGCGAGAAGGACCCUGCGGAGUUCAGGGACCCAGGAGCCCUGGCCCAGGCCCUGGUGGCCCAUCUGGGGCACCGCCGCAUUGCUCUCGACCUGGAGCUAUUGCUCUUGCAGCGUAUGUGGCUGGGCAGACCUGGCCCGGCCCCCGUUGUAGAAUAUCCCAUAUGCCUGGUGUGCCUCAAGCCCCGCAGCCCCUCUUGCCCCAUCCCCAGGUACAGGACUGGCCCCCGGCUGCUUGCCUUCCUCCAGCUACUGCCCUGUGCACAAGGCCAGGAAUCCGGACGACUCCGCAUAGGCAUUGGUUUUGGCCUCCGCCUGCCUCGGGGCCAGGCCAGGGCCUUGCACCUGUUGCCCGAAAGAAGGCCAGAGGCAGCAGGGCCUCAGGGCAAGGCUGUUCAGGCCCAUGGACGUCAAACCCAGGCGUCCCCGGCUCCGGCAGCUCAAGCACCAGUGGCUCAGGCGCAGGCAGGUCCAGCCCGGGGCGCAGCCUCCCAGACCACCAGCCUCAGAUCUGCAGGCCUUCAAUCACCAAACUCUACAUGCUUUUCGGGGGGGCCUCAGCCUCAGGCACCCAAACAGGCCACCGUCUACCCGAAACCCGGGCCUUCCUCUGCACCCAAGAGGCCAGUCUCUCCAGAACCCAUUCUCCGAAAGUCACCAGCCUCGUUCCGGAGCCGAGGAGGCUCUCUGGAGUAUCUCCUCUGAACCCUGCUGUCCCCACCAGGCCCCAGAUGUUGGGGAGCCCCCGAGACACCCUGAAGGGCUGGCUGGCAGGUGGUCAGGUGUGUUCUCCAACGUUGAACCCUGGGAGCCCUUUGUGGAAUCUGCUCUCUCCUGGCUGAAGAGGAUGAAUGGCACCUUAGACCCCAUUCAGCCUCUAGCGUGUCAAUAAAAGCCUGACCCUG